AUGACUGGAGGUUAUAUUAAAAUUUGUUUGGAAAUCUUAAAAGAGGAAUUAGCUUUUCUAAUUCUAAAAUCAAAAUAAUUUUAAGAGGUUUUGAAUCUAUUAGAAGACAAGAUAAACCAAAAAAUACUUAAUGAUUAUAGUUUGAAAGUUUUUGCUAGUAAUGUUUAAACUUAAUAAACUUAACAUGUUUAUUAGUUACUCUGCAAUUGUUAAAACUUUACAGGUGAAAUGCCAGAAACUGUUUUUUUUCAAAUGGUUGAUGAUAACUCACUGAAUGAGGCUAUUAGAAAAGAUCUUGCUUUUCUAAUUAUAAGAAGGUUAUUUGAUGGAGAUAAGAGCACAAAGGGAUAGAAUGCAUUAAAGCAAUUUAUAAAAUAUCUAAACUUACUUUUUAUAAUACAUUAAUAAAAAAAUAAAAACCUCCUACUUGGCCUACAAAAAUAUUUAGAACUUGAAUCAACGUAGAAAAUUUUGAUAUUUAAAACUGUAAUCAACUUCUUAAUUACUGAUUAGUAAUUCACAGGUUAGGAAUUCCUUCGUUCUUAAAACUCUACUUAUUUUCAGUUAAAAAAAAUAGGCAAGGACAAAGGUGAAUGA